GCUGGGCUUCCGGUUCAUUUUCCGUCAAACAAUUCCGCAUUUCGCCAACGUUCCGCCAACAGUGAAAAUCCGCCACCGCCGUGCUACCGGAUUUUUCCUUCCAACCCUCGCGUCUUGGACCUUAACACAGGUCGAAGUCGGUAGGAUGACGUGACUGGACAUUGCACGUCCAUUGAAUGCUAAAUUAUGCCUUCAAGUGACUCACAAUCUGCCGGUCGAUCCCGGGUGGACAGGUCCACGAGUCCUCUGCCCCAGAAAGCGACCAACCCCGUGCAGGAGUUGAAGAACCUCUUCUCGGAGCCGCCUCUAAAGCUGACCAAUGUCGACAAGGAGCAGGACUUCCGGUUCGAGGCCAUCCAAUGUCUCCAGUCCGCCGUCCACAGGGAACCGGAAGUCCUCCCCGACCGGGGCUCCUGGAGCAGCAAGGUGGAGUUCAUCCUGUCGGUCGUGGGGCUGGCCAUAGGGCUGGGGAACCUAUGGCGCUUUCCGUACCUCUGCUACAAGAAUGGGGGAGGUGCUUUCAUGGUCCCUUACUUCAUAGCCCUGGCCCUAGCAGGGGUGCCGAUGUUCUUCAUGGAGCUCGCCCUGGGCCAGAUGAUGACGAUCGGCGGCCUGGGAGUCUUCCAAAUAGCGCCGAUAUUUAAAGGAAUUGGAUAUGCCACGUGCGUACUAUCGUGUUGGACAAACGUGUAUUACAUUAUCAUUCUGGCAUGGGCGCUAUUCUACUUCUUAGUUUCUCUGCGCGCCGACGUGCCCUGGAGGUCGUGCGACAAUCCUUGGAACACGAAGUACUGCAUCGCCGCAGCGGAACGUCUGAAUGCGGUUUGCUGGAACGAAACAGGCGUUACAACGUGUGCGACUUCCGUCGGUAACCUUAGCCACACGCUUCUCAAGGAUCCGGUAAAAGAGUUUUGGGAGAGGCGUACCCUGCAGAUCUCAGGAGGCAUCGAGGAGGUCGGCGGAAUACGAUGGGAACUGGCCGGAACACUCGCCAUUGUCUGGAUAAUGUGUUACUUCUGCAUAUGGAAGGGCGUUAAGUGGACUGGAAAAGUCGUCUACUUCACGUCGUUGUUCCCGUACGCUUUGCUAGCUCUUUUACUAGUAAGGGGUCUAACGCUUCCAGGAGCCAUGGAAGGUUUGAGGUACUACGCUACACCUAACUUAUCCAAGCUCGGAGAUCCAGAGGUGUGGAUAGACGCCGUGACGCAGAUUUUCUUCUCUUACGCCCUGGGCCUCGGCGCACUCGUCGCCUUGGGCAGUUACAACAAGUUCAACAACAACGUUUACAAGGACGCGCUCAUUGUCUGCACCAUCAAUUCUUGCACGAGUAUGCUCAGCGGUGUGGUGAUCUUCUCAGUAGUUGGUUUCAUGGCCCAUGAGCAGCAAAAACCAGUGGCUGACGUAGCUGCUUCUGGUCCGGGACUAGCCUUCCUGGUUUAUCCCUCCGCAGUGCUGCAGCUUCCUGGAGCAUCGAUCUGGUCAUGCUUAUUUUUCUUCAUGCUUAUCCUUAUCGGAUUGGACAGUCAGUUUUGCACCGUGGAAGGCUUCAUAACUGCUGCGGUGGAUGAGUGGCCUCGACUUCUUAGGAAGCGAAAGGAGAUUUUCAUUGCCAUUGUCUGCCUUAUCUCUUACCUUGUUGGACUCACCUGCGUUACAGAAGGUGGAAUGUACGUUUUCCAACUUUUGGAUACUUAUGCCGUCAGUGGAUUUUGCUUGCUAUUCUUGAUGUUCUUUGAGUGCAUCGCAGUCUCCUGGGCGUUUGGUGUAAAUCGCUUUUAUGAUGGUAUCAAGGAGAUGAUAGGAUACUAUCCUUGCUUUUGGUGGAAAAUUUGUUGGAUGUUCACUACACCGGCAAUUUGCAUCGGUGUCUUCACAUUUAACAUUAUUAAAUUUGUUCCUGUUAAAUACUUGUCAUAUGAAUUCCCAUGGUGGAGUCAUGUACUUGGCUGUUUCGCUGGACUCUCAUCGAUGAUGUGCAUCCCAGGUUAUAUGAUAUAUGCCUGGUGUGUAACACCUGGAACUACUUCCGAGAAAUUUAGAAAACUAGUGAGAAUAAAAGACGACAUCGCCACACUGAGAAGAAAGUUGGCUGCAUCUAAAACCACUGUUUCCACGGCACAGUGUGAACUAUAAAACGGUUGUGUAACUGUGGUUUAAUACAAGC